GGAAUAGAGUAUGAUAUGUGGUAAUUUGCUUUGGUUUUCUCUCUUUUGCGAUCGGAAGGAGAGCAUUUUUGUGACUCUAUCUUCCAGAUAUAUCCAAUUAAUGACUGUAAAGUUUAGAUUCUUAAAGAGACAUAAUUGGCUCAUACAAGAUUCUUCUUGGAGCCACUGGUGUUUUGAUGGGAAUAAAAGGAUAAAGAUUCGCAGGGAUGGAAAAGCUUUCCUCAACCUCUCCCUUUUUGCUCUCUCUAUCCUUAGCAUCACAUAUCCGUCCAGAAAACUUCAUACUAUUUCAAUUUCUCAAGAGAUAUCUAUAUCUACAACCAUCAUCACACUGAGCGGCUAUGCCACCCCCAACAAGAACUUUCUGGAACCGACCUUGGGCCAGCUACAAUACAGCAUUGCAGGAGUGUAAUAAUUGUCAACUAACAUUUACACUCUACAACUGCGGGUGUGUCAGAAUGGCUCUCCCAGAUUUCGACCAAGAUCCCCUCAGCAAAUCAUGCCGAAUCUUUCCCCCUUCCGAACACUCCUCCAAGCCCAAACCAACCACAAGGCCCAAAAUUGUCUACAAGAGAAAAAAUUCCGGUUGUGGAAGAAUGAAUGAAAAGGACUGUCUAUGGAAUGUGGGAGAAGAAAACCAAUGUCCAUAUGACCCCAAGAGUCAUCAAGAUUGCGAAAACUAUGUUCACAUCUAUAGAAAAUGCACGCAUGUAGAUACGGCCUCUGUGCGAAUAUGUCGGAAUGAAAAAGAUCGUCGCGAUCGAGAGGAACCGCGGAAACACGUGCCACAUAUUGUCGGGAGACUUCUUGACGAUUUCUGUAGUCGAGAAUGUGUGGAUAAACAAGCCAUUCUCGAUUUCGAACAAAGAAGUUUGGAAGAGGAGCAUGCCCGAAGAAGAAGAAGAAGAAGAAGAAGUGAGAAUAGGACUCAGGAAAGAAAUGAGAGAGUGAGAUAUCUUAGUUAUGAUAUGCAAUACCAACGGAACCGAGAAACUCAGAGAGCUCGCAGUGAUAAAUCGUCGACUUGUGAUAGUGUUUCGACGUCAUCGAAUUACUCGGGAUCGUCAAAUCGGUAUUACCGGUAUACCGAUGCUCAGCUUGAAGAAAUCUCGCGAAAUGCCGCUUGGAAAUAUAGAUAUUAGCGAGGGAGGAGACGAUGGGUAUACUUGACUCCUUCGAUAUGAGACUUGUUGAUGUACGUUAUUUUGAUGUGUGUUGGCGCAGGGAGUGAGAGAGUUUUAUGUGGAGUUCAGGAGGGAGUCUUGGGGUCUAUUGGUUAUUUAUCAUUCGGGGAGUUUGGGGAAUGGCUCGAUAUGGGGCGUAGGGAGAAAGUUCUGGGAAGUUUCUUAGUUGUUUUGUGGGAAUCGAGUCUAUGGGUUGAAGGAUGGUGACUCUUUAUCUUCAAGAUUAUACGAGUGUUUUUCAAGUGCAGACUAGUUUAUACUGCAGUGAUUGAAUCAUUAUGAAACGGUUUCUUUAUUUCUCAGAGCUACUCGGGAGGGAUUCAGAGAAAUGUCCACGGGGUGAGAAAACCAGUGAGUGUCGUUAUGGAAAGAAUUCUUCUGGAGAAAUGGGCAGGAAGAAAAGUGUUCGUUGGAAAUAGACGUUUUGCGGGCGUGAGGAGGUUAUCGUGGUAUACGGUGUUUGAUAACUCACUUUGGAGGCUUCUUUGAUUUCUCUAGUCUUAUGAUUUUCGGCUUUGAUAGAAAUGGGGAUCCUCAUCUGCCACUAUCCUAAAAUGAAUAUCAUAUCAAUGACCA